GCGCCGGAGCCGCAGGCGGAGCAGGGGCCGCCCCUCUGCACCGGCCCCGGCCCGCCCCUGGCCCGGUCCGGCCCGCGGGCCUGGCGUCCGUGCCGCCGUCUGUCGGGGCGAGUGCAGCGGGCGCGGCGGCGAGCCCUCAGAGGACUGCUCUGCCCAGACCCCAGCAACAGGACCUCAAGGAGCCGCAGAACCUCGGCUGGGUUAUAUGACACUUCUGUGCCUCAGUUUCCCCAUUUCCGCGCCCCAACAUGGCGAACUUCACACCCGGCAACGGCAGCGCGGGCAACCAGUCUGUACGCCUGGUCACCGCGGCCCACAACCGCUACGAGACGGUGGAGAUGGUGUUCAUCGCCACGGUGACGGGCUCGCUGAGCCUGGUAACUGUCGUGGGCAACAUCCUGGUGAUGCUGUCCAUCAAGGUCAACAGGCAGCUGCAGACGGUCAACAACUACUUCCUGUUCAGCCUGGCGUGUGCCGACCUCAUCAUAGGCGCCUUCUCCAUGAACCUGUACACCGUGUACAUCAUCAAGGGCUACUGGCCCCUGGGCGCCGUGGUCUGUGACCUGUGGCUGGCCCUGGACUACGUGGUGAGCAACGCGUCCGUCAUGAACCUUCUCAUCAUCAGCUUCGACCGCUACUUCUGCGUCACCAAGCCGCUCACCUACCCCGCCCGGCGGACCACCAAGAUGGCCGGGCUCAUGAUCGCCGCCGCCUGGGUCCUGUCCUUCGUGCUCUGGGCGCCCGCCAUCUUGUUCUGGCAGUUUGUGGUGGGCAAGAGGACGGUGCCCGACAACCAAUGCUUCAUCCAGUUCCUGUCCAACCCGGCAGUGACCUUCGGCACGGCCAUCGCGGCCUUCUACCUGCCCGUGGUCAUCAUGACGGUGCUCUACAUCCACAUCUCCCUGGCCAGUCGCAGCCGAGUCCACAAGCACCGGCCCGAAGGCCCCAAGGAGAAGAAAGCCAAGAGCCUGGCCUUCCUCAAGAGCCCCCUGGUCAAGCAGAGCAUCAAGAAGCCCCCGCCGGGCGCUGCGGCCCGGGACGAGCUGCGCAACGGGAAGCUGGAGGAGGCCCCACCGCCAGCCCUGCCGCCACCACCACGCCCAGUGGCCGACAAGGACACCUCCAAUGAGUCCAGCUCGGGCAGCGCCACCCAGAACACCAAGGAACGCCCCGCCACGGAGCUGUCCACCACAGAGGCCACCGCACCUGCCGUGCCCCCCGCCACCCUGCAGCCACGGACCCUCAACCCGGCAUCCAAAUGGUCCAAGAUCCAGAUAGUGACAAAGCAGACGGGCAGUGAGUGUGUGACAGCCAUCGAGAUUGUGCCUGCCACGCCAGCCGGCAUGCGCCCGGCCGCCAACGUUGCCCGCAAGUUUGCCAGCAUCGCUCGAAACCAGGUGCGCAAGAAGCGGCAGAUGGCAGCCCGGGAACGCAAGGUGACGCGGACCAUCUUUGCCAUCCUGCUGGCCUUCAUCCUCACCUGGACGCCCUACAACGUCAUGGUCCUGGUGAACACCUUCUGCCAGAGCUGCAUCCCAGAAACGAUGUGGUCCAUCGGCUACUGGCUCUGCUAUGUCAACAGCACCAUCAACCCUGCCUGCUACGCGCUCUGCAAUGCCACCUUCAAGAAGACCUUUCGGCACCUGCUGCUGUGCCAGUACCGCAACAUCGGCACGGCCAGGUAGGCGGGCAGGUGGGCGGGCCCAGGAGGUGCUGGCGUCCUAGGCUGGGGGACCGCGCGAUGCAGGCCCCAUGCCACGCUCACGUUUGCUGAAGAGGAUGGAAGCCUGGGAAGCGGCUCCGGCUGGAUUUCGAGAGCAGAUCCCGGCUCAAGGAGGCUCGGCGCAGGGAAGUCUGGACUGUCAUCGCCCAGCCCCAGGAGGUUGGGGACCCUGGCCGGGGUGUGCAGCGGCCCCAUGGUAGCCAGCAAGCAGCAGAGCAGGAAGGAUGGAUGCGAGGAGGGCGGCAGCGGGGUCAGGCUGGAAGGACGGAAGCGUGGGUCCCCCAUUCUGCUGUGAUAGGUGCUUUCCGCCUCCCUGUGCCCCGCAUGUAGGCUCAGCCCCUUCCCCCAAACCCCAUGCAGGGGCAGAGAUGCCCCUUGCUAUAGCUGCUCAGCCGGCUGCCAGGGGCCGCUGUGCGUAUGGGGGCGCAGGCUGGGCGCCCCGGGCUUCCCCUCCCCUGCAGUGCUGCCUCGUGCUGGCCUGGCAGGAUGCAGAGGUCAGGUCGGGAGGCCCAGGCCAGGGCUCCCAGCUGCACCCCUGCCUCCCCUGUACCUCUGCAGCACUCAGGGACCCACCAGGCCUCAGUGAACUUCCAACCUGGCAGUGGCUGUACCAGGAGGCCUUUGACAGGGGAGGCUGAGUCCCAGGUCCCUUCCCCAGCCCGCCGGGUCCCCAGGCGAGAGGACGGACCGCCUUAGGGAAGACAGACAGGGGACCCUUUCAGGGGCCCUGAAGAUUCUUUCGUCAGUGUUCUGCUUUCCCACAGGGAGCCCUAGGGAACACUCGGCAAGCCCCGAGCCCCCUAAGCCCACGGGGCCCCACAGCUGACCCUCCCCACAAAGCUGCGCAGUACCCUCCCGGGAAAGGGCUUUUAUAUAUUGAAAAGAAAAGCUUUUAUUGGGAAA